AUGUCGACCGGCUUGCCGGGCGGUCCUGCAACGCCAACCGAUGCAGGAAUAUCUAGCCCUGCGGGGAUACGUAUUCAGAGACGUUCACAUUCCAUGGAGCAACCGUUAGGACCUCCACCAUCAGUGCCGAACGAGCCGUCCUCUCAACACAACACACUAACUCGUCCGGCGGGCACACUGAGUACACUUAAAAGAGAACGAGCAAAGGAACGAGAACGGCUACAGAAGGAGUUGAAUAUUCUGGGAGACGUGGAGCGAAAAGAAGAAACGCAAUCAAAAAAUAAAGAAGAAUCAGAUUAUAAGCCUACCUCGCCAUCUUCACCUAUACCACAUUCACCAUUGAAAGAAAAGACUAGCUACGUUGAGGAACCCGAAUCCAACACUACCACAUUGGAACGCAAAGAACGUAAAAUGGAAAAAGAGCAAGCGUUGGUGCGACGGAUCACCAACGAUAUGCAAAUAGCACAUUAUGUUAGACAGAUGGAAAUGGCUAGAAGUCAUGGAAAGCGACAUCGAGGAGCAUUUUCAACCGGUGUUUUUCGCAUUAGAUCAUUGAGAUUUUUCGAAGCUGGACUUCGCCGUGCUCUAUGGUAUCUUGGCAAGGCUAUAGCUAAUCACAAGCUGCUUUUCGUGGUGCUCCCUUUGAUAAUUGUCGCAUCGUCGCUGAUUGGUCCAAUUCUUCACCGUAAUAAAAUGACCGUAUCGCUGCCAUUUGCACUGCUUGGCGCUGACGGAAAUGACGUCAUCUCGAACGGCUACAGUAUCCAAAGGACACAACGUGGUUUCAACUACAGUAAUCCUGCAUUCAGUGCGUUGGAUUUUAUGGAUCCGUCUGAAUUUGCGGUACUGCUGAGGACAACGUUAGCCAGGGACACAAUUUUACGCAAAGAUGCGGUUUUAGCCUAUUCUGCUUUGAAAAAACGACUGGAUAACUAUCCAGUUGGAAACAAAGAGCUUUUGGAAGUGUGUUCACCCGACUGUGAGCUGGAAAAAGAGAUGGUCGACAAGAUUAUCAAGAAAAGUCCGCAGGUUGCCCUCACUUAUCCAGAAACUUUCGUCAGUAUGAGCAAAGACUCCACCAAUCUUAGUCGCGUUUAUUUGGGAUCAGCCAUUGGAGGCGUUGAAACCGAUUCGGAUGGUGCAAUUUCACGUGCUCAAGCUCUACUUCUUUCAUUCCAGCUAAGGGAAGGCCUUACGGAUGAGCAGGUUGCCUCGUGGGCAGAUAAUCUUGAGGAGCAGGUCCACGUCACAUCUGCCAAUAACGUUUCGCUCUCUUACUGGUCUCCAUCUUCGUUCUCGUCAUGGGUCAUACAAGCAUUGUCAAAAAGCUAUAGAUGGAUUCUCGUCUCAGCAUCUGUUCUGAGUCUCUUCUGCUUCUUAGCAUCGUUUGGUGCGAACGCCUAUCAGUCGAAACCACUUGUCGGCAUACAAAUCGCUUUCACAUUGAUUGUCUCCUGUGCUGGUGGCCUAUUUGUACAAGUUGCUGGUUCGGGCGCAUUCAACCCACUCAUCUGGCCGGUAUUUUUCGUUGUGGCAGGAAUCGGCCUCCUCUGGCUAUUUUGCUUCCAUCAGUCAUGGAGUCGAUAUUCAUCAGCAGCUGUGCAUCCAACUGAAAAACUUGCUUUCAUACUUUCUCACGAUUUUCCUGGAAUCACCGUAACGGCCAUCGUCGUAGUGGCAACAACCAUGCUUGGAGCGGCUGUAGCUCCUCAUCGUCACAUGGAAUCGACGCUUGUGGCAAUGUCUGCUUCUGUAGCUAUAAUGUUCUUUUUCCUUAUUAUGUUCGUCGCUGUAUUCAUCUACAUAGGAGGCCGUCGUGAAGCAAAAGGAGUGAAAUGGUAUCAGCUGUUCACCACUGGAGACACUCAUUUUACAGCACCAAAUCUAAGUGAUUUCGACGCCUCAUCGCUUUUUUCGCUUCACGAUCGCCUUCUCGACACCCGACCAAGCAUCGCUCGGGCGCUUGGCGAUCGCUUGAUAGCGCGUCAUGCUCGCUAUCCUAUUGUGAUUUUCUGUACUAUAGUUCUAAUAUUUGCCAUAUGGGGAUGUGCUAACGUUAGGGUUGAUAUGCGAGAAGAAUAUUUCUUGCCAAUCGGUGCUCCUGCUCGAGCUUUUCUUAAGGAUUAUCGCGAAAUGUUCGGAAAAACGACGCAGUUUUUAGAGAUAGUCAUAGACGACCCUGUAGAGUAUGAGGAGCCAACCAUACGCGAUUCUAUUAUCGAAAUAAUGGAUGCUGCAGUUAGCUCCGGAUAUGCUUCCCGAACCGUCAGCUGGCUAGUCGAGUUUGCAAAAUUUGAGAAAAACACCAUUUACGAUAUCAAUGCGGACACAUUCGUUCCAGUAGUGAAUCUAGUAUUCUUACAAACUGAUCCAUAUAAACGAUUCGCGUCGGACAUAUCAUUCGAUCGUCAUCAGACGCAGAUUGUUCGUUCGAGAAUGUAUCUCGAGCUUACGCAAAAGGGCAUCAAUGAAAGAGCUUCCUUGGCACAACUGCUCCUUUCCAAAUCUCGUGCCGUUCAUCUACCAAUGUCCAUACGUGCACCAUUCACCAUGUCGCUGAAACAUGACAUCUCGGUGAUUUCAUCCGGUAUCUUCGUUUUUGGCGUCUCAUUGGUCUGCUUACUUGUGUUUUCGCUAUUCUUCCUUGGACAACCUGCUCUCACCUUUGUUCUUCUUUUCACAUCCGUUGCAGUGUUGACCGAAACCGUGGGUUAUGUUACCCAUUGGGGAGUACCAAUGAAUGCUAUCACAGUAACAAUGGCAUUAUCAGCCAAUAUGCUUGCUUCUGUGAUUGUGAUGGCAUUUUGCUACAGCUACUCGGUGUCUGGGAAGCAACAAAUGAGAGCUGGUGUUAGGAUACAGUAUACCUUCCAGGCCACAUUUCUUCCGGUCGUGUUCGCUUGCCUUGUUCCGGUGAUCACCUACCUCCCACUAUUUGCCGUUGAUGCUCCUAUCAUUAUUCAUAUUUGGAAAAUUCUUCUCGUCAACUCGGCUGCCACACUUAUACAUUAUCUUUUCUUCAUACCGAACCUAUGUUUGCUAUUCUCCAUCCAUAUGCCUGCUUUUACUUCUGUAAAUUGUACUGACUGCUGUUGUGAUAUGGAAGACGAUAGCUCCAUCUAUUACAUUCCAACAACUGCUCGAGCGGUCCACCCAGAAGGCAUUUAUCAACAUACUUCUUAUACCUAUUCCGUACCCAAGUCAAUGGUUAAUGGCGGACCGCCCAAUUAUCUUGCUAUUACAGGUCCACCACUGGAAUCGAAUUAUGCGGGUGAUUAUGUGAGAGCAAAUGUUGAGAGGACAAGGACCAGACGAGCAAGGAGAAUAAGUGAAGGGUCCGUGCCGCAUUCUGAGGUAGCUACUCCUAGAGCCAAUCGAACAUCAAGGAAAAAGUCCAAAGAUGAUUCUAUUUAUGAGCCACCGCCAAGCCCGAGAGCUUCCUCUCGGGAUUCAUCUCCACAACGACAGUCGCGACAGUCGCAUGGGCCAUUCUUCCAAGAUCCAUCAAUCAAUAUGCAUCAACAACGUUGGCGACCAUUUGCUCAUCCGCAACCGUACAUAUUCUACCCGCCUCCAAAUGGUUACCGACGGUAGGUCAUGCGAGGAAAUCGGUUUUAGCAGGAUAAUUUUUAUAUAGCAUAUUUUGAUUCUUUGCUCAGCAUAAUCUGUGAUUUUUCGUGGUCAUGCCUUGAAUGUUAUCGAUUUAUUGAUCGUCUUUGCACCAGAUAAAGUAUUACUCUACAGUAAUUGUUUAGUUUGUUCUAAGCUACCAUAUGCAUCUCAUGACUGUGAUUUAAACAUGAAAAAAAACCAAUUCUCAAUUUUUAACGUUGUUGAGAAGUGAUUAUUGUCCGUAUGGUGCUUUCAUGCUUAAUUCUUUCAUCGUUCGACUAUUUAGUCGAAGCAUUUAAUCAUAUCCUCUC